AUGACAACUCUACAGAACCGCGAACGAAUCAAGGAAAUUCUCAAAAGGAAAACGGUGAAAAUAAGCGUACCAGGGCUGUUUGGGACACUUAUGGUUACGACCCGACUGAGGAUGUCGUCGGCUCUCGUCGCGCAGUUUUUUGUGUCGUUUCUUUUUACCGGACGUGUCGUCGCUUAUAUCAUUGCCUCUGGAAAGGAACCAGUCUGCUUGUCAGUUCGUUGUCGUAACGGUGGCACCACGGAAAACACCACAUGCCUCUGUCUAUGUAACGCCAAUUUCACUGGACUGGAAUGUGAAACAGAAAUUGGUAGAUCAGCUUGGCCAGAUGGUCAAUAUGCCAUACCAAUGUCUGGUUUUGGCUGCCCGGAGGAUGACAGAUUUGGUUGGGCACAAGGUUACGUCAAUCUUACACUUCCACAAUCUUCAAGAAGCCAAAUAUGGAAUGACGAUGACCAGAUGACCAUAGAGCCACAUAUAAUGGGCCCAUUCCACACACACGUCACAAUGAUCAAUUUUUGCAUGAAGCGAAAUACUUCUAUGAUCGAUCCAGUUAACCGUAGUUGGCCCGCUGGAGAGUAUUGUAUUUACCAGACCGGCGACAGAUGUCCUAUAGAUUUUAUGAACGGCUCUAUAACAAUAAAUGGAUACACUUUCAAGACGGGAGAUAUGGGCGGCAUACUACCAUCACUAAGUUAUGGGGAAGACAAUGGGACGUUUCUGGAACUGCACUACUGCUGCAGGAAUGAUGGACCGUCUGACGAUUAUAUUUCUCUACCAAGUGAAUUUCCAUUCGUAUUGUUGAAGGGUGCGUCUGCAAGUUAUUGUCAGAACAUAAAGAAUAUGGAUGUAAAGGAAGAGGUCUUCUAUAUGACAAACGAACACUUAAACUGGGAGUUUUCUGGUUACCAUACCAACGUCACCCGGACAGAAAGACAUGUCGGAAUACCAUACUGUUACUACAAACCUACAGCUCGCCGUGAGUGUUAUUAUCAAGAUGACCUCGGAGCCUCCUAUAACGGACGUCACAAUACUUCGGCCAGUGGUAAACCUUGUAUUUACUGGUCAGAUUUACCAAACAACCCGUUCGCUAAUACUAGGUUCUGGUAUAACGAACUGGAGGAGAAUUACUGUGGCACUGUGGACUAUAGGCCUGAGGAGAAACAACCCAUGUGCUUUGUAGAUAUGGAUACAAGAGAAAAGUGCGAUGUACCUUCUUGCUUAGAAGACCCAGAUUUGGAAACUGUUGAGAAGGGUAAACCAGCUUACUCCUACAAGUAUAAUGCUGCAAAUGAUCCUUACCUCGCGACUGAUGGAAUCAUUGGUGACGUUUCCUUUGUGACAACUAGGCCUCAGCUGAAACCGUUUUUACAGGUAGACAUCCAAGAAUGGUACGAAGUUCACGCAAUACGGGUGUACCGCAAAAAUAUAUGGUUUCCUGUAAACUUCCGGCAAGUCGGGUCCUUCGUGAGUAAGAACCAGUGGGAUUUCCUGGACUACGCAGCCACUAGAUGUGACGACAUCAGACACACACACAAGCACGUAGCGUUCAGAAUCCAAUGCCGGCGUCCAAUUGUAGGCCGAUACGUCACGGUCAGGAAUUUCGACUCCACAGAUUCUUUCUAUAACGCAGGGAAAUUUUAUUUCUUAGAAAUUAAUGAACUACAAGUCAUUGGAAAAAGGACUGGUCGUGGGCAGCACAUGGGUAUGAUGUCUGGCGAUGUGUUUGACUACCAGAUCGACUCCUCAUCCAACAGUGCCGAUGAUGUCAUGUCUGACGACGGACGAUUGGAACUUCCAGGCAAAGGGUGGUGUCCACGUUAUGACGACACUGUUCCUUGGUUCAGGGUAGACUUUAUCAUUCCCGUGGUUUUACAAGGACUUCGUGUACAGGGAUGGCAGGAGGGCAACACCAGAAAACUUCUGAAAAGAUUUGUCGUUAAAUACGGGAACGAUAUAAACGAUCUUACACCAUAUCAUGAUCCCCCAGGAUUUCUUAAGAUCUUUGAGACGUUUGACCACUAUGAGAGUUCGGCAAUUCAAGAUUUCGUCUUCAAUCAUGAACUAAUGGCCAGGUUCAUUCACAUAGACAUUCUUGGAACAGAAAACGACGCUUGUUUAAAGCUUGAAAUAAUAGGAUCUCCUAAACGAGGUCUCCGUGACAUACGGUGUGAGAACGGUAGCUUGGAUUUUGGUUUUGAAGAACUACAAUAUCAUUCUUGGUGGGCUGUACAUCCCCCUGAAAAUGCAUUAACAAAUACAACAAUAGAAGAAUGCCGUCAACUGGUGGUCGACAAAGGUUUCAACAGCUACAGUCACGAUGCUGAAAGGGAGACAUGUAUCUUACACGUAGGCCAUCGGUACUAUAGGGCAUUCGCCUCGUCCUGGGUUAGGGACACCACCUGGACAAAUUUUGCUGGAAACCGUCUUUGUUUCAUAGGUAUAACGGAUAUGUCCAAAUGUGGCGGCGAUAUACUUUUGUUUCCUGGAAAGGACGUGCGACACCUCCGUUCUCCUUCAUUUCCCCUGAGUUACGGUCAACACGUUCACUGCGUUUGGAAAAUAGUUGCACGUCCAGGAAAGUUUGUCAAACUGGAGGCAAUAUUUAUUGCUUUAGGAAGUAAAGUAAAGUGGAAUGAUAUCCUCAAGGCCGGAGACACUACCGAGAACGUUGUUGUGUGUAGUGAUGAGAUUAAGAUAUACAGAACGCCAGAGGAACAUAUAAGCAUAUCACACGGAACCAAGACUGCGACUGUGGAACAGUUUCAGAAAUCUAUAAUAAUAUCAUCCUUUCCAAUUUUAUACGUCGAGCUCCAGUCCUGUUUCUUGUAUUCAAAGUCUUCAGAGCGCAGUUUUGAAUUCGCUGUGGAAGAAAGUGACGUGCCCGGAUGUGGACUUGAAUCAGGCCAGUGUAUAACCACGUGUACGCUACAGUCGGCAUAUAUAGGUACACCUGGAUUUCCGGCCGACAUAUCCAUGGCGGACACAUGCAGCUGGACCAUCCAAGGAACGUUUGGAACAUACGUCCGUUUACAUAUACUCAACCUAGACAUUUAUGACAGCGAUCGAUCAUGUGUGAAGUCAUUCAUAGCCAUGUACGACGUAGCGCUUGAUGGUGAAUUAUCCCUCAUAUCCAAAAUGUGUUCUGUUGAUCGCCAAUACAACACGAUUGUAUCUAGCUGGCACACCAUGCAAGUCGAGUUUCGAGCUGGUGACGGCAGUGGCAAGGGUUUCUUUGGGAAAUAUGAAUUGGUCGAUUCAGCUCAGACGGCAAUAAAAAUAACAGAAGAAGGCUGCUUCCCAGAAUGGAAAAGGAUGGGAGGAAGUUGUUACAACCUCUUCACGGAGACCAGCAAUCAUACAACCUUGCAUGGUGUGUCGUGGGUACAGAGUCGAGACCAGUGUGAAUUAAAGGGUGGCCAUCUCGUCAGCAUAGGUUCCAUACAAGAAAUGACAUUUAUCCACUACUUAAUGACCAAAGUCUGGGGCGGAGUUGACAAUGGAGAGGCUUAUAUAGGUCUCCACAAAACAUUCGAUGGCGAUGAUGUACAUUAUGAAUGGCUUGACGGAACACCGUUAACAUACACAGCUUGGUUUAAAGAUCCUAGAACAUCUACCUCACAACCAGAUGGCCUUGCAAAUGAGCGAUGUACCGCCAUCCGACUUUUUAGCAUUCAUUCUCUGGACAACUGGCACGAUAUCGCCUGUGCUUACGAUCGCAUCCCUAGCUACAUUUGUGAGAUGGGAACUUUCGUAGAUACGAAUGAAAAUGAAAGUCAGGACAUUUCACCGGUGAUAAUCUCCGUUAUAAACGCUACAAGUUCUAUGUUUCCUUGCAACAACGGGGAGAUAAUUUCACGUCAAUUUGUAUGUGACGGUACAGGAGACUGUCGUGAUGCCAGUGACGAGAAUGGGUGUACUGUAGUUAAUGCGACUUGUGCAUCACACCAGUUCCAGUGUAAUGAUGGAAAGUGUAUCUCUCUCAGCCUGUUCUGUGACUUCAUUUCUCAUUGCCAGGACAAUUCCGACGAAAUAGCUUGUGUACAUCGUGAGUGUGAAGAAGGUGAAUUUCGCUGUAAAAGCGGCCGCUGUAUACAUGAAAGGAUGGUAUGUGACCUGAAGCAGGAUUGCGAGGACGGUUCGGAUGAGGACAGAGAUUUGUGCGAUACGUGUAGAGCUGGAAAUUUCCUGUGUUAUGAUCAAACAUGUAUUCGUGGGACUCGGCAAUGUGAUGGAAAUAUUGAUUGUGGAGGACGGUUUUCAGAGGACGAAAGUCAGCAGUGUCAAAGACAACAGCAGUCGUCAUGCAAUGAUCUUUUGAGUUUAGGAAUUGCAGAGGACGGAGAGUACCUUGUCACUUUAGGAACAGAUACACCAGUCAAAGUAGAGUGUAUGUUUUCAACGUCAGGCGACAAGACGUCCGUGAAGACAUUAGUUCACCAUGAUCAUGAGGAAUGGCGUAUUGAGGAAGUUAACAAUAUCUACGACACCAUCGGGUACAGAAUUCCCAUGUUGUAUAUUGACAUUUUAAAAAGCAAAUACAGAUGUUCGCAGAAAAUUACGGCAAAAUGUCAUAUGACCCCUAAAGUGACCUACCAAUGGCAGGGUGGUAAUGGUGUUUGGCAUGAUUCCGAUACCGAAGGAAUAUUGAACGGCACAUGUUCCUGUCCUCUGUUUCAAAAGUGCGACACAAAUGUGGACAGAUGUAAUUGUACCACUGGUUUUGACGAAUGGUACGUGGUGGAUGUCAACAGUGUGUUUGAGGACGAAGGCAAUAUAGCGGUACACGAUGACUUGCCUAUAACAGGCUUGUAUGCAGGGUUAUCUGGGGGCAAAAAUAGCUACCUAGCAUUCAAAGUCGAUCCUUUAGUGUGCGAAAAUGAUGACGUCAAUGAGUCUAUGAGGUUUCUGUGCAGAAGUGGUAUCUCUGUGGAUAAAUCGGAGUACUGCUUAAUGGACUAUGACGAAUACGGUGAAAUAAAAGGAUGCAGAGAUCUGUCACACUUAGAUCACUGUUCGGACUUCGUAUGUCCAGAAGACUUUGCUAAAUGUAGGAAUAGCUAUUGUAUCCAUGUUCGAUUUCUUUGCGACGGCGAAAAACAUUGUUCUUAUGGAGAGGACGAAGAAAUGUGUGAUAGAACGUGUGCAGGCCUAUGCCGGUGUCACAACAGUAACAUUUGCCUUGGCCAGGUGCAAGUGUGUGACGGGAUACCUCAAUGUCCAGAGGGCGACGAUGAGGAUUUGUGCGAUGUCCAGUGCCCGUCUGGCUGUGUAUGUAACGAACUGACCGCUGAAUGUACUGAUAUUAAGGCGGCACCAAACGACACGUUUAUGGUGUUCUCAAACGUACGGAAACUCUCAUUCAACGGAUCUGAUUUUUCAAAAGGGAUUCCAAAAUUGAAAACAUUUGUAUUAGCAGAGUUAAAUCUGUCAAGAAAUUCGAUCAAAUACCUAACAGGUGAAAAUUUCGCAAAUCUCAGCAAUAUCUACACUUUAGAUCUAAGUUACAAUGCACUGACAAGCCUUGUUGCUGAGACAUUCCACAGUCUUAAGAAUCUUCGAACACUUCACCUCCAGGGUAACGCAGGGUUGUUGUCGAUUCAUCCAAACGCCUUCAAUGGAUUGGCAGCUUUACCAGCGUUGACUAUAGAUAAUACAUUGAUCUCAAAGAUAGAGAGCAGGACUUUUGUUGGGUUGGAUAAGAUAACAGUCCUUAAUUUGACUCAAAACAGAAUAAGAAAAGUAGACAAUUUCGCGUUUGCCUCACUUAAGAAACUCGCUGUACUUGAUAUUCGCGGCAACAAUAUUCUUGACUUUUCUGAUGGUAUUUUCAAUGGACUAAGUAAUUUAAAAGAAUUGUAUACAGACGCCUACAUGUUUUGUUGUGUAAAGCCAAGCAGUGUCACAGAAGAAAACUGCCAUCCCUACCAAGACGAAUUUUCAUCUUGUGCUGACUUGAUGCGAGAAGACCACCUUCGGUCUUUCUUGUGGAUCAUAGGAUGUAUGUCGUUGGUCGGUAACGCAUGCGUGAUCAUAUACAAACUUAUAUAUGAUCGUAUCAGUUUAAGAAAAGGUCAUGGAAUUUUUAUUUUGAAUCUUGGAUGUGCUGACUUUUGUAUGGGUAUAUAUAUGUUAAUUAUUGCCAUCGCUGAUACCAUGUUUCGUGGCAGGUAUAUAUGGAAUGACUUGUACUGGCGUAACAGCAAUAUCUGUAAAAUGGCUGGUGUCCUAGCAACGGUGUCUAGUGAGUCUUCCGUUUUGUUUUUGUUGCUGAUAACUAUAGACCGUUUCGUUUCUGUAAAAUUUGUGUUCGGACAAGUCCAAUUCACCAGGAAGAAGGCCAUUCUUACCUGUAUGGCAGUUUGGAUGAUCACGUGGUCUAUUGCAGUGAUCCCGUUACUUCCAAUCAACUAUUUCAAAGGUCAGUUUUAUUCCAGGUCUGUUGUUUGUUUGGGUUUGCCUCUUACCCGGGAAUGGCCAGCCGGAUGGGAAUAUGGAACCGCAAUUUUUAUUUUCAUGAACUUCGUCGUCUUCAUCUGCAUAGCUGUUGGGCAGAUAUUGAUCUACCAGGAGGUAUCGAGCACAAACGAAAUGAUUAAAUCCCAGCGACGUUCUCAGGACGCGGCCAUAGCAAGAAGUCUCUUUCUUGUGGUUUUCUCAGAUUUCUUGUGUUGGUUUCCUCUUGGAAUAAUGGGUAUCAUGGCGUUAUCUGGACAUCACAUCCCACCUGAGGUGUACGCUUGGGCAGCUGUGUUCAUUUUACCAAUCAAUUCAGCAUUGAAUCCUAUCCUUUAUACGUUCUCAGCUAUUAUAAGAAGGAAGUUAGAAUAAAAACAUACACGAAGUAAAAAAAACUUGAACACGAUAGUUUCAAAAAGGAAAAUACAUGCGCUCUAA